AUGACGACGGAUGACACCCUGACACUGUCAUCGUCAGAUACAACUCAGCCGAGGUAAAUUCACUGUUAUCCACUGUUUACAUCACAAACCAUCAAAUUUGACUCAAUUUACAUUCGAAACAGCGUGAAAACACGACAAACCCCGACAUAAACAUUGAUUUGUCAAAGCUGGCAGGCGUGAGCUACCAGACAUGCACCUGUUCUCAGCUCCUCAUUUCCUGGUCGUCGGUCGUUUUCAAUAUGAAUUAUCUGUCACAAAUUUAUCGAAGUUUAACUGUACACACAGCCGGACCUGUCUACAGUUAAAAAUGAGUUAACUUGUAAACGUACUCGAUGUUUAAAGUCGUCCCGAGCGUCCAGUUUGCUGGUGAUACGGCUGAAACUUGCUAGCGUUCGUAGGCGGGACUUGUGAAUGACUGACAGGUCGAACGGACAAUUGUGUGCCUGCUACGGCUGCAGUCAGUCAUAGUUUGGUUGAGAAGUGAAGGGGAUAAAUAAACAGAAAGAUGAGUCGUGUCUCGUGCUUUGCUAACGUAAUAUUUUUUCAUGAGUUCAAGCUAAGAGUAAAAAUAAUUAAUAAAUUAAUCAAAUCUAUAAAAAAAAAAAAAAAAAAAAAGUUUAUUAUGUAUUGUAUGAGGCUAGAAGUUUUAAAGCUCCUCCAAAAGGAGAAUUAUUUUGCAGUUUCAAGAAAUAAUUGUUUUUGUAAAAGAAUUAAAACAUUUACAACUGGUUAAUCAAAUGUAUCUUAGAUUUAUUUACCACAAUUGUAAUUCUCUUUUGUAAGAACAACAAGGACAUCGUACUUAAUCAAUUGAUCAGUUAUUUAAAGGGAUAUUCCGGCGUAAAAUUAAUUUAGGGUCAAACACACCGAAACACCAAGUUAGACACUUCUGUCGAGGGAUGAAUGUUGCCGACUGCUUGCUUCUCUAGUUACACCAACUUUAGUAAUGACUGCACGAUAGCAAUACACAGCGGUCUGAGGAGCCAUAAACAAACCUCAACCAAAACACCACUCUAUAGCCGCAAAUAAUGCUCAGAACAGCACCUAACUUCAUCAUCAGUACAUUGGCGAAAUAUAAAUACAAAAAGUUUAGUACAAAAAGUUUUGCACACUCACUUAUUUUCAUUUGUCUUUGCAUUCCAAUAAAUAUAAACCUGUGUUAUGUUGCUCUUUUGUUCUUUCUAUGCUAAUGUUGGUGAAAGAUGGCGGCCUUUCUCCCUUGUAUUCUGACGUCUUGAGCGAUUGUGUCAGGAAAUACUUACAGUAUGUAAACAAAAAAAAAAGAACUACAAGUGUCAUGUGUGGAUCUGAAAAUGAACUACGAUUUCUGGUAGCCUUUGUGGUUGGUAUUUAAAGAGUGACUCCCGGUUCCCCUGUUUUCAGAGUUACCUUGUGAAUGACUCACAUGCAAUAGAAGUGGAACUACUGAAGGUAAAGGUAACGUUCAUUUUUGUGUCAGGCUCAGUAGAAUAAGACAAAUAACAAAAGCUUUAGAGUUACUUGACUCCUUUUCUGUAUCAGUCUUGAAUCCAAAUGCUAAUGUCAUUAAUGUAAAUUAGUUCAGUUGUUCAGUUCAACUACAGAAAUUCAUUGUAGUGCAUCAUUGCUGUGCAAAACAUGAGUCAAAAUAACUCAAAAGACUUUAAAUCUUUUUAAUUAUGUCAUAUGUGCAUGGCUUUGAUCUGAUAAGCAUAUCUUUUUUAAAGGACUUAAUAAAUUCAAGUGUACUGCUGAAUGCCUUUCUAUAUUGUCUGUAUAUGAUUGCAGGACUUCACAUAACCGCCAGAUAUUUAUUAGAUUUUCCUAGUGUGCUUUUGUCCAUUUUAAUUUUCAGCUCAAAUCACUUAAACCUAGAAUUACAUACCUGGGGCAAUUUGAUGUCAGGUUUAAUAUGUUCAAAAACAAAAUCAGACCCCCAACUUUGUGAUUCUUGAGGCCAAACUAUUCGGAUGCCCAAAUGUUAGGAUGAAAGUAUGAAAGUGCAUAAACCUAAGAAAGUAAGAAACAGUAAAAAUAAAACAGAGGCAAGGAAAAAAGGGGGAAAUUUGAAGUUUGUGCAUGCAAGUAUGUGCAGUUACAAUUUCUAACAGGAUGUAAAAUAUUGUAUAUUUAUAUUAACUGGAUGUCUUAUAUAAAAUGUAACUGUAAUAAAAAAGUAGUCAAACUUUUUAAGCGAUUGGAUCACACUCAAGCUGAAUUCACUGACAGAUGCCAGGUUCUGGUGCCAACAUAGAGGUGCUUCCAGUAACUAAUCUUCACAAAUACAGAUCUGAAUGUAAAAUGUUAUGCAAUAGAACUUUGUUUAAAGAUUUUUUUCUCUUGCACAUUGAAAAUCUGAACACUUCCACUGAAAUGUGUUGGCAAAAUACUUCACACAGCAAAGUCUUAGGAAAUGAAACCAGGAUCAUCAGAAAGGCAUUAACUAGUGAAAGUGAGUGAGAAAAUUGGCGUUUCUCAACUUACAUGUACAAAGAGAUAACUGCAUGCAGAAGUUGUCAUAAUAAAUCAAUGGGAUAAUGUAAAAGAAAUCCACCAGAAGCUUUAUUACAGUAUAAACAUGUUAUUCUUUAUUGAAUCAACCUUCAAGUUUAAGAUUCAAAGCCUUUAAUUUUUGUCUUUCUCACUGAAGGAAGAUGGCUGCAUCUGAAGACUUCGCUGCCACACUGACUCCUGCCACCUAUGACUACUAUGUUGAUGACAGAGAUUACUACUAUGACGAGGACUAUGAAAGUGAGGCCUGCAACAAAACAGCUGUCAUUCACUUUGGAUCGAACCUCACACUGGUCAUCUUUUCAGUCGUGAUGGUCCUGAGUCUGCUUGGAAACAUCUUGGUCAUCCUGAUUCUGGUCAUGUAUGAGAAUCUCAAAUCGCUCACCAACACCUUCAUCCUGAACCUGGCUGUAUCAGAUCUCUUCUUCACCAUAGGUUUACCUUUCUGGGCCUACUACGAUAA